CCAAACAAAAAACAAAAUCAAAAUGACGCCCAAGAUCGAUUCGAUAUUUUACAAACUCGGCGCGACUGUCUUUUCCCGAUUGCAGUUCAGCCAGUAGAAGAGAAUCAAAUAUUCCACCAGGCAUACUACAUGGUUACGUCUGUUCCUGAAAAUUAUAUCAACGGUAAAAAGCUGAAAUCCUAUAGAUCUUGUGGCGAUGAAAACGUAGCUCCAUGGGGGACUUUGUAUCCAGUUUACUCUGCUAAAAACAAACAAAUAUAUAAGAAUAUGGCGUGUGCAGCUGCUCAUGGUGUCACUGACGGGAUUGUUUGGAGUGCUGUUCUUAACUGCGCUACAGAUAAGUUCUCAGACGCAAGCAAUUUUGUUUUUGGGCUGGAUUCAAAUUCAACUUCCAAGGACUGCGCAGUGACAUUUAUCUAUCCUGGUGAUAUGGAACUUAUACAAUCUUUUAAAUGCUAUGUAUCUCUCAUAGAUACAUGUUCCGAUACAGAAUUUGAAAUGCCUUAUCAAACUAGCGUUUCCAAGAAAGAGAUAACUGAGUGGUGCACAAGCGGAUUUGUGUCCCCAUACAGAAAGAAUUACAUGUAUGCUAAUGUUUUCUGCGCCAUAUGCAAUGGUGAAAACUUUAGAUAUGAUCAAGAUUGCUCUGAGAGUUUCAGUAGAGGUGGACACGACAACGGAUUCAUCGCGCUCAUUGAUGAAGCCUUUGUAAGUUCAUACCAGAAGGAAACGUUUGAAAAUGUACCUUCAAUACACAUGGCGUGUGAUCUUAAGGAUUUCAGCAGAUGUCGACCAGUACUUUGUCCGUCUGGACAAUUACGAGACGGAACUGAUAGAUGCACAUAUCCAAACAUACUUUGGUACGAUCAAGUAUACACCGUAUUAAUCAGUCUAACAUCGGAGGAGGCCGUCAACUUUACAGAAGUAUUUCAUCAUGUCAAUUCUUGUGGUCAAACGAACAUAAUACAUGUUCUAAAAUCACCAUUGCUAGGUCACUGGGUAAUUGUUACCAUAUUGAAUAAAAUAACUGACCGUACUAGCAGCAAUAAAACAAAUCUAAUAGUUGGGUUAGCAAGAAAACAAUCUAAGGUCCGACCGCAGGAUUUAAUACAGAACUUGAAGAGAAUAUUGAAGGGAAAGUGGUUUUUAAAACAUAAUGUCACCAUUUCGUUUAAAGCAAGCAUUCUGGCAUAUACCAACAUUAAUAGAGGUCAAGGUUCAGGUCAUGAAACUGGCAUUGCCUUCGGCAGUAUUUCACAAAAUGUCACAUAUCCCAGAUACUGCAUUGUUUACAAAAGCAGCUGGGAUAUUCCAAAAAGAAAUCAUAUGAUCACAAAACUUUACUUAUGCUAUCAAGUAGAACUAACUCAGUCUGAAUUUAUUCUAAGCACUGACAAAAAGCUACUUUUCAAUAAUGUAACGCAACGUGUCAUGUUUACCAAUGAGUUUGUCCUGCUAGGAAGCAGUACUGAUGACGGAGACCGAGCUAGGAUUUGUGUCGAAGACUCCGGAAUGUACAUAAUAGGCAAAGAUCUUAGGCAAAAUACAGCCUCAUUUUCCCACGUCACUGCUCAUGCAUUUCUUGUUAUUGCAUGGCUUCUGAGCUUUUUAUAAGUAAUCUCUUUCUAACUUUUUUGUUGAACUUUUAUUGUCGUUUUGAAAUAUAACAUGAACUAGUGUUGUUAAUAAA